AAACUAUAAAUAAACAAUCCACUUAACCAUUUCCCAUAAUAGAGUCAGAGAGAGAUAGAGAUCCAUAGUUAAACCUUAAACCUCGAAAAGCCAUACCUUAACGAUGCAGCAACAACGAGAUUACACUUCAGCUCCCUAUCAUCCUUAUUACCAUCUAUUUCCAAACCCUAAUCCCAACCCCAACCCCAAUUCCGAUCAUGUUCCCACUUCAUUCCCUUCCGCCCCACCUUUCAACUCCGGUUACGUUCCCAACGAUUACUCUUCUUAUUCUCAAAAUCCCGAUCCUGUUACUGUUCAUGUUUCUCCCUCUGCUCCUCCUUACACCCCUCCUGUAAACCCUAAUUUGCAGUCCUUCAAUUCCGCUUCUCAGGCCACUCCUUAUCAACCUCUGACCCAGCAGCAAUCGUACUUUCCCACGUACAGUCAGCAUCAGACGGCUCCUAAUUAUGCUCCUCCUGCACCUUCACUGCCUUCAAAUCCUAGCCCCACCCUGAAUUCUCAAUAUUCGUCUGUAUAUUCUCCUUCAUAUGGUCAAUCGGGAGCUUUGGUACCGCCUGUCUACGAUAAUCCAUAUGAGAAUUCUGUGAAAUACGAUCAGGGUAGUGGUUAUUUGGAUAACAGAUACGGAGAUUACAGACAGAGGCCAUGGUCCGAUGUGGAAUCGGAUCUGUAUGGGAAGCGAUAUGAUUCGGGUCGGGACGAUGAAUUUGUGGGUGGAGUUUAUGCUUACCAAGGGAACAAGGUUGAGCCGUAUGGGUCUAGGGGCACUGCGCCUAAUAAGUCAUCGACUUUGUUCGACGAUUAUGGUAGAGCGAUUAGUUUCUCUUCUAGUAAGGACUCAAGUUGUAGUUCGAGCAAAAUUGUGAGGGAGGUCCCCAAGGCGGAGAUACAGCAAGAUGUGAAAAGUGGGCUUCAGAAGUUUCGCGUUAAGCUCUUGGCUGAAAGUGGAGGACAGAGUACCACGGACGUUCUUUGCCAGAUUGGUUUGGAUGGGAUUCGCAUGCUUGAUCCUAAUACCAGUCGGACAUUGAGAAUAUAUCCCCUUGAAACCAUUAGUAGAUGUGAAGUGAUGGAUUCAUCUACCUUGGCAUUUUGGUCAAAGAGCUCUGUAGACAUUGAGACAAAGCGUACUAGACUCCAGUCAAAUAGUUAUACAACCAGCAUUCUUUUAGACAUUGUCACUGCUGCUACUGUCCAGGGGAAGGAAAUGGGUGGAAGUAUUAUGCCUUCAAAGUCUUUCAAGUUGAAUGAACAGUCCACAGAGAAAAAGAAAGGGUUUACUGAUUGGAUCAACUUAGUGAAGCCUGUCAAUGAGGAGAAGGAUCAUUGGGUCCCUGAUGAAGCAGUUACAAAGUGUACAUCAUGUAGAACAGAUUUCGGGGCUUUCGUGCGGAAGCAUCACUGUCGGAACUGUGGAGACAUUUUCUGUGAUAAGUGUACCCAAGGUAGAACUGCUCUUACUGCUGAUGAGAAUGCCCAAUCUGUUCGUGUUUGUGAUCAAUGCAUGGCUGAAGUUAUUCAGAGGCUGAAUAAUGCUAAGGAUGUCGCAAGUAAACACGAGGAUCUUGCUAAGAAGCUUCAGGUACUUAUGACUACUAUUAUCAUAAUACUAACAUGGUUCUUUUUAUAACCUAAUUAUAAAUGAGAGUACUUUGUUUUUUUUUUUCUUUUUGAAAAAAACUUAAUUUGUAGUUUAUUAUUUUAUAAUGUUAGGGUUCAUUUGGUACGUCUUAUUACACCGUAUUGUAUUGUAUAGUAUUAUAUUGAAUUGUAUUUUAUGCAAUAUUUUUUUUGUAAAACUAUAUGUGAUAUUAAGUUAAUAUUUUAGUAUAAAUUAAAAUUUAAUAUAAUAAAUAUGAUACAUAAUUCAAUUUAAUAUAAUACAAUACAAUACGACAUAAUAUAACGUUCUAAACGAGCCCUUAAUUUGAUAAUUUUAAUUUCAAAUUCAUUUAGUUAAGUUGAUGCAAUAUAUUUUUAUCAUUUUUGUUAAUUUAGAGCUAAAUUUAGUUUAAUACUCUAAAAUAGGAAUAUGGAAAAUUAUCUAUAUAAAUGGAAGAUAUUUCAAUGGAUAAAUCAAAUAUGUAACCAUUAUUUUAUCUUAUUUGAUCAAUAUUGAACCGUUGCGAUUAAUUAGUUCUUAACUAAGAAUAAUUAAUAAAUUACAUGUGAUACUAAGGUGAUUUUAUUUUAUUUAUUAAUACACUUUGUUUCUUUAUAUAGAAACAAACUAUAUAUGAUUAAUUAUAAUUGAUUCAAUUCUAAAAAUAUAUGUAUAUUUUUUUAUAAAUAGCAAGUUAUAAAAAAUGUAGUUUUAAUGUACCUAUUGAGUAGACACUAUAUAAUAUAAUAAAUUCCCAAUAAAUUUUAUGGAAAUUUUACCUAAUAUUUGGAUUAAAAAAAGUAAAUAAAAUCCUGACCAAAAAAAUAAAAUAAAAUGAAUAAAGAAAAAGUGAAUUAAAUAAUUUAAUCUUAAAUUUGAACAUUAAGUUUCACACAAGCAAUUUUUUUUAAUAAAGGGAAUUUAAGAAAUAUGAUAAUAAGAUAUUUUAAUAAAUGUGGGAUUCUUAUAUAUCUAUCUUUUGUUUUGAAUUAUUUUAAAAUUUUAUAUUGCAAUUAAAAUUAUAUUUUUCAAUAUUUCCAUACAUUUAAAUUUUAUUUUUUUCACAGGAAAAUUCUGAAUGAUCGCUCAAACUAUGGCUCUAUUUCCUUGCAUAGAAUGUGAUGUGGCUACUUAUAUGAAUUGCCAUCUCAUAUGAAUUUGUUUUCUCAUUUUUUGUUUAGUCAAACUUUUAUAUUAUUUAAUUUUUUAAUUACUAUUUUAAUAAAAUUUUUAUUUCUUCAUGGCCACCUCUCUAUCUAUUAAUUAAUUUAUAGAGUUAUAUCAUUAAUGGAGCACCAAUGAAGACUGAAAAUAUAGGUACUAUAAAUUCGAAAAUAUUUUUGAUAUCGAUGAAAAUUUAAGAAACUUUACGUAUAUCACGUACAUUUACAUUUGUUUAGAAAUAUAAAAAUUAGUGAUAUAAUUUAUGCAAUAGUAAUAAAUUUGAAUAAUUACAUAUAAUUUAAUAAUAAAUAAAUUUUUUAUUUAAAUAUAAAUAUUAUAAAAUCGUCUUAAUUAUGUCAUCAUAAAUAUUAUCAAUUGUAGAUUCAUACUCAAGAAAAUAUCAAUUCCAAAAUUCUUGAAUCAAUUAUGUUACUCUUUUUCAUUUAACUUAUUUGAGACAAAUGACAAUUUUCUUGCACCCAUGCAUCGAAUUUCCAUGGAUAUAUCGUUGAUAUUAAAAAAAAUAAGUUGAGUUUAGUUGGAAGGAAUAAAAAUACAUUAAUAAGAACAAAAAUAGAAUGAAAUAAAAUUUAAAAUGUAUAAAAAUAAUUAAAAGAAAAAUCUAUACUUUUUUUUCAUCUUGAAUUGAAAUUUUUUUUUUUUUUCCAUUUCAAAAUAGAAUGAAAGGAAUGAAAACAUAAGAAUAGAAAUGAGAAUGUGAAUAAGAAUAGAAAUGAGAAUGUGAAUAAGAGUAGGAAUAGAAUCUAAUGAAAUUUGAAAUGCAUAAAAAUAAAAUUGAAAAGAUAUAUAUAUUUUUUCAUCUUGCAUUAGAAUGGUUUUUCCUUUUGUUUCAAAAUAUAGAAUAUUCAUUCCACCAAAAUGUUAGAAAAGUUAUUUUAUUGGAAUGAUAUUCCAAUUCUUUAAGGUGGUGUUUGGUUGUGAGGAAUGAAAACAUAGGAAUAAGGAUGAGAAUAGGAAUAAGAAUGGAAUUGAAUAAAAUUUAAAAUGCAUAAAAAAAUUAUUAAGUUUUUUUUUCAUGAUACAUUAGAAUGAUCGUUCCUUUCAUUUCAAAAUGGAAUAGUCAUUCUACUAAAAUGGUGGAAAGGACAUUUUAUUGGAAUGAUAUUCCAAUACUUUAAAAUGCAACCAAACAAAAGAAUAGAAUGAAAAUUGUUUUCUUUUCAUUUCAUUCUAUUUUAUUACCUCCAAUAUUUAGUUAUGUUAUUAAAGGGCUAGAAGAACUGUGAAAUACCUGAAGAGCUUGGCAACGUUGGAUCUUAGCUGCAAAUUCAUUAUUUAGAGAAAUCCCAUCAAAGUUAGUUGCGCUUUCAUUUCUGGAAAUCCUCGAAGUCUCAAAUAACUAACUUUUCGGUGAAUCCCGUCAUUGUUUUCCGGUAUGGUGAGUCUAAUUUCGGCUGAUUUCUCUUACAAAAACUUGACUGGUCCAGCCCCGAAUAGGGAAAAGUCUGGGAAACUCUGGUUUGUGCAGAUAACACUCUAAAGUUGAAGGGAUGAACCUCAACCUCAAUCUCAAUCUCAUUCUCAAACUAUGUAGCUCAACAACAAACAAAAACUAAACAGCAUCUUUUGGUUUCUAUCUGGCUUGUUGGGUUGCCUGUUUGGAUUUCUCUUGCUUUCUUAUUUCUGCUCGCCCUCUUCGGUUUGAAGGGGCUAUUUACAGCAAAAAGAAAUAAAGAAAAACAACAGCAAACAAAACAACACAUAUUCUUAUUGGGAAUCUUAGCCGAGAUUGUCUGAUUAUUGUACUGGCAGAUUGUUUUUUGACGGUUGCAGGGGUACAUGGCACCAGGUAAAUUUCUUUGACGAAUCCUAGUUAAAGUUUAUUCUUUUUAUACUAUAUAUGCGUAACAUAAGAAUUGACUAUACCCAAUUUGUUUUACAAAUCCUUGUUAGAGUUAUUUUUCCAAUACAAGCAUAAGCAUUUACAAUACCCAACUAUGUUCCAAUCUAAUUAAGGGAAGAGUUUUGAACUUCUAGCUAGCUGUACAUAUAUAUCUAUAUAUAUAUAUAUAUAUAUAUAUUAUUGUUGAUGUAAGCAAGUCUUUUGAGCAAUUUUAGUUUGCCUCCCCAACCAUACCAUAAGGAUAUUGACGAUUAUAGACAUUGUCUUCUUGUUUUGAUUUGGAUUUACUAUGUUGGCGGAUGGAAUUUCUUAUUGUUUGCAGUUGCUUUUAGAUUGUAUGAUUUAAGAGACACAGGAUAUAUUAAUUCUUAUAAAACUUGAGCUUGAUGUUUAACCUUAAUGUCAGGGGCCAAACUUGCAUUUGUAAAUCUAUCAUUGCCCAGAAAACUUUUGUAAUCUAACCUUAUAAGCAGCAGCAGGCAAAGAGAGGUACUAUCCCAAGAAGCUAGUUCAUAAGCAAUGCUGGAACUGGAUUAGUAUAUCAGAUUGUGGAGAUGUGGAUGGGAAGUGUAACGAGAUAAUUGAUAUGAUAAAAGUGUAAUUUGUCCCUGCAUCAGAAAUGUUGGCGCAUAUUCCAAUCCUGCUCAACUCUCGGACAGUUAGAGAAUGACAGACUCCCAUCAUGUAGGAUUCAUGUGGACUGGCUUUGACAUCUGUAAUUAAUGAUUGAUAUGUAAAGUGUUUUUGUUUAUAGUCAACAGUGAGAUUGUUUAGGUUUGUGUACAGUGUUUACAUAUAUGUCAUGUGAUUACGUAAAGAAAAGCCAAAAUUGGUCUAUAUUUGUAUAUUUAUAAUCAUUGUAUAUUGCUACCUAAA